AUGGAAAAGGGGAACAAAAAAGGAGACGUAGACGAUUACAGUGUGAUGGAGAAGGACAUCUACAUUGAGAAGGUGAUUCUCUUUCAGCAGCGGGAUUGUUGUUCGAAGACUCAUAUCAACGUUCCGAUGUGCAAAAAGUUUCUUACGCGCAUUGUAGCUGCGAUGAACAAAGGCGACAUUUUCAAUGAAGAAGAGUCCACUGAAAUUUUCUUUGCAUUGACCAAACUGUUUACCUCACAAGACUUAACAUUACGAAGACUGUUGUAUGUUGUAUUAGAUGAUAUGGUUCCUUUAACUUCGAACUCUUUCAUUAUAGUUAAUUCAGUGAGUAAAGACUUAAGUGACAAGAUCUCAUCAUUCCGAUGCAGCUCAUUAAGAU